CUGCCUGCAGCUUAGAGACCACGCCGAGGGGACAGCCGCCACCGCUACCGCUGCUGCCGCCGCCACCAAGGAGGAAGAGCAAGGGAACGAUGUGGGUUUUUGGUUACGGGUCCCUCAUCUGGAAGGUGGACUUCCCCUAUCAGGACAAGGUGGUUGGAUAUAUCUCAGGCUACAGCAGGCGCUUCUGGCAGGGAAGCAUCGACCACCGCGGGGUUCCUGGCAAGGGUUGUGUAUGGGGUGUUGCUUACAGACUGCCAGUAGGAAAGGAAGAAGAAGUAAAAGCAUACCUUGACUUCAGAGAGAAAGGAGGCUACAGGACCACAACAGUCAUUUUUUAUCCAAAAGAUUCCACAACAGAACCAUUCAAUGUGUUGCUAUAUAUUGGAACAUGUGAUAAUCCUAAUUAUCUUGGUCCUGCACCUCUGGAAGACAUUGCUGAACAAAUUUUUAAUGCAGCUGGUCCUAGUGGAAAAAAUACAGAAUAUCUUUUUGAACUUGCAAAUUCCAUUAGAAGCCUUGUGCCAGAAGAUGCAGAUGAGCAUCUUUUCUCUUUGGAAAAAUUAGUAAAGGAACGUUUAGAAGGAAAACAGAACUUCAAUUGCUUAAAAAGACCUAAUUGACUUUUCCAAACAAGCAGAGCUUUUAGUCUUCAGAGAACAGCAUAAUGGCAUUAUGAUUUGUAAACGUUUACUUGAAAAUCUUAGUUGUGUUUAGUGUUGUAGUCAAGAUAUCAUCUAAAUUUAUAGUUUAAUUGCAAGUGGCCUGAAACACACACAUAUUCAAGAUAUUGGGGUAUAGUUAAAGAAAAAAUUUGUUUCAAUAAUAUAAUGAUUUUCCAGCUAUGUGAUAUUAAAUACUUGCUCAUGAGAAGUGAGUUCUUUAGAAAAAUACGAUGAAGCACUCAGUUCAGAACUUGUUUUUAUCUGAAUAAAUAUAAUUGUUAUUUCAUAUCACAGUACUAUUUUGAAGUUGUAGAGAAUUAAACCAAAAGACCACUAAAUAUAAUAAGGCUAUACUUUCAGUAUACUCCCAAACAUCAACUCUGUAAUCAUGGUUUAAAAUAAAUAAACUGAAAAUAACAUGUAAUUAGAAACGUAUGGUAACAUAGACAAGAUUUGGGCCUUGAAUGUGACUCUCCUUAUUUAGGUAUUAAAUGAAAUCCUUUCCAAUUUAAGCCAAAAAAUAGCAUUUUAAUAUAAAAAUUUCUUUGGAAUUAUAAUGUACUAUACCUCUCCAUUUCUGAAUAAAUGUAUUUUACUACAUGGAAAAAACCCUUUCAGCUAGAAAAGCACAAAUUAUACAAAUCAUGUCUACCAACAAUGUAGUCUAGUCUGUCACUCACUUUGUAUUAAUUUUAUACUGAAACUUAAAAAAAAUAAAGAUGGGCUAUCUGAUAUUACAAAUUAACAGAAACAUAUAAUGAAAGUUUGCUGUUUGAAAUGGUGUUUAGAAUUGUAAUUUUUUAAAGUAAGAAGUGGCAUUACCUGA